AUGCAGGACUGCAACCAAACAUUCCUGGACGCCAUCGGCGGCGGAGACACCUGGCUGUUCCGCCAGGGCCUCAGCCUGGCGGGGUACGAAGAUAAGCUGCCCAGCCCCGACAUUGGCGUCACCAUCCUGGUGCCCAACAACAAGGCCUGGUGGAACUUCCUGUGGCGCAACGGCUUCCUGUUUGGCCAGCUGGGCGACCUGGGAGACAAGCUGCUGUCGGUGAUGACCUUCCACAUCAUCCCCAGCGCCGUCACGCCAGACAAGCUGUCGGGGCCUGAGGGCACGCUGCCCACACUUUAUGGGCUGCUGACGCAGCAGAGCGCCGACCUCAAACACUGGACCAAGUUUGAUGAUGGCCAGUUCCUGUUCCAGGGCCCCUGGGACGACACGGUGGCGGGUGUGACGGACGACAACAAGAUCCAGGUGUGCAACAGCUGGGUGUACAUCGUGGAUGAGGUGCUGAAGCCCGCCUACGACCUGGACGAUGUGCUGGAUGUGGAGAUCCCCGAUUUCUCGUUUGGAGACAACUCUGCGCCCAGCCCCUCGCCAAGCCCCCCACCCCCUCCCAGCACGGUGCCCACUCCCACCCCGGCACCCGGCAGCCCCGCCGCCGGCAGCCCUGCGCCGGCCCCCAGCACCCCAGCGCCGCCCGCAUGCGACAAGACGUUUGCCCAGGUGGCAGGGGAGACGAGCGGUCUGGGCCUGCUCCAGACGGACGCGUACGCCUCUGCACUGCCCGACCCAUCCAACGACUUCACCCUGUUUGCCCCCACCGACGCCGCCUUCUUCGACCUGCUGAGCACCUUCAACCUCAGCAUCACCGACGCCCUGUCCCUGGGCGACAAGCUGACCGCGGUGCUGCUGUACCAUGUGGCGCCUGGGGCCCUGACGCCCGAGGAGCUGGCCAAGCAGACGCUGCUGACCACGGGCCUGGCGGUGAAGACAAAGGAUGCGGGCUACACCGUAACCGUCGGCGCGUCAGGCGGCAGCACCACCGUAUCUGGCAAAUACCCUGGCAACACUGCCACCGUGGGCACCAACGUGGCCGUCUGCUCCAGCCAGAUCUAUGUGAUCGACAAGGUGCUGGUCCCUGCCGCCUCCCUGGACGCCAUCCCCGCCGUCUCUGGCGGGCUGGACCCCGCCUCUGUGCCUGCGGCUUCCGUGCCCGCUCCCCUCCCCUCGCCGGCCGUCGAGGCCGCCACUCCAGCAGCCGCCCCCGUGGCUGAGGAGCCCGAGGUGCCAGCGGUGACAGAGGUGCAGGGCGUGGCGCUGGCGACGGGCUACCUCCAGGGCUGUACCGUGCGGCUGAGCUCCGUGGGCGGCGGCCCCCAGACCGCGACCACCGACGCCGACGGCCAGUUCAGCUUCCAAUGCGAGGGCGACUGCACCGGGAAGGUUGUGGCUCUGCCGGCGGCAGGCCAGCCAACCACCUGCCUCGACAGCCUGACACAGCUGCCCCCGCCGUUCGACAUUCAGGCGCCUGUGUCUGCCCUGCCCGAGGGCAUCAGCCUGUCGGCCCUGUCCCCCCUGACCACCGUUAUCGCCGCCGCCAACGCCCAGACCGCCGCGCCGGCCCCGGAAGCCGCGCCCCCCACCAACCGCAAGCUGCUGGCGGGCCGGUCUGCCCUCGCGGCGGCACAGGCCGCGGCGCUGCAGCAGCGGGCACAGCGGCGCCGCGUGCUGGCCGCAGGCUUUGACUUUGGCAUCGCCUCGGAGGAGGCCUCAGGCAGCAGCAAUGUGUCCACCUCUUACGGCGACCCGCUGGCGGCCUCCCUGGCGGGCGACCAAGCCGCAUACGACCUGCUGGCAAAGAACCAGGAGCUGGUGUGCACCGGCGGCAUCGGCGGCAGCCUGCUGGCCGCGCUGGCAGGCGGCGGCAGCACCACCGCGGCCGCCGGCGCGGGCGCCGUGUUUGAUCAGCUGGCGGGCGACCUGCUGGCAGGCAGCGCCUUUGACCUCACCGACAACUCCACAGUGCAGCAGCUGUUUGCAGAGGCGCUGGCUGACCUGGCGCCAGACGCGGGGCCGCCAGCGGGCGUGGACGUGGAUGCCGUGACGGCGGCGGCAGCGGAAACCACCACGCUGCUCAACAGCCUGCUGCAGCAGGCGGUGACAGCCGCGCAGCAGAGCCAGCUGGCUGAGGCAGGCAAGAUGGUGCAGGUGCUGGCGCGGCUGGCCAAGGUCUGCCAGGCGGAUGUGGCGCCCGCGGCCGCGCAGCUGGGCGCGGGCCAGCUGUCGGUGGACGGCUGGCGGCAGCAGUUCAGCCUGCAGGCCAUCACAGACCUGACAAUAAAUGAGACCCUCGGCUGA